GCUGUGAUUGGUCGGACUCUCCACGUUGCACAAAUCUAAACAGCAGCGUAAAGGCAGACACGACCGGAGGAUGAAGCAGCCGGAGCAUCUUCAUCAUCAUCUGAGCCUUGCGCACGUAGCGCACGGUGGCAGCGACGGAGGGGAAAAACAAAGCGAGAUAUAUUAGCGCGUGACGGGUGCACGAGGCAACGAUGAUCGUUUAGAGCGUUCUAGGAUAUUAUGUGGCUCUGCACCGGAUCCCCAGCCAUCUGACAGCCAGUCGCAGAGCCAGACAACACGGCGCUGUUUUUUUUUGUUGUUGUUUUUUCUCUCUACCAUCCACUUAGGAGCAUCUGCUGGAAACGGGCAACUGGAGCUCAUCAUGGGAUUGUCCUUUUGGUAGUGGUGCUGUCUGACUGUGUCAAAAAAAAGAAAGAAACAAGCUAACAAACAACAACAACACCAUGGGCUCCAGACUGAGCAGGCAGAGCAGCCUGGACAACGAGAAUUUCUCCAAAAAGCGACGCAAGCUCCUGAACAGCGCCGGAGAGAGCGAGAGGGGAGGUCGGGGCGGCGGGGACUUUCUGUUUGCGCUGAUGCUCAAAUCAGACAAACUGCCUGGGAUGCUGCGAAGGACUAACCACAGCCCGUACAUGAGGAGAGUGGCGUGGAUCAAAGAGAUCCAGAAGCUGCUCCGUGACCGCAGGAUAGACCAGGCGACCGACGUGCUCAAAUUACUGAGGAAGGAUCUGGGUUUAGAAGGCACAUCGCUCAACGACAUCUUGUACAAAAACGCUGCCUUCCUCAAUCUAGUGGAUCCCAUCUCACAUGAGCUGCUGCUCAGCCUGGCUCGAGAGAUGCAGUGUCCUAAGAAGGAUGCAGACACCAUAAAGUCUUCUGAUAAGAUUUGCAGACAGCUGAUCUAUCACCUGACCCCACACUCAAAGUGGUUGAGGCAGAGCAUGUCCAGACGGAAAUCCCAGGCCUGUCUCAAGACAACCCUACAGAAAAAAAUGUCCAGCGACUCCGUCGACUUGUCUGGUAUUCCUCUCUCGACCCGGGAUGUCCGUCAAGUCGCCUUCUACCUCCAAAACAACAGAGACAGUGUGGUGGCUGUAGACAUCAGCUUCACCGAACUUGUUGACGAAAAUUUGAGGUUUCUCCUGCCUUUCCUCGCCUCGCUGCCCAAACUCAGCACCUUAGCCCUCAAUGGCAACCGCCUCACCCUGGCUAUACUCAAAGACCUCACCGAAAUGCUCAAAGACCCCAAGAAAUUUGCCAGCCUGGCCUGGAUCGACCUAGGGAACAACGUGGACAUUUUCACCAUGCCUCAGCCUCUGCUAGUCGCGUUGCGCCGGCGCUGCAGCCUAAAGAGCAGCCUGCCGACGAUCUACGAGUACACCGAGGGUCAGCCCUACUCCUACCACCUGGAGACUUCCAUUGAAGAGCCCAGCCACUAUGAGGAGGACGAGGAGGAAGAUGAAGAUGGGGAAGAUGAUGAGGAUGAUGUGGGGGACAAAUUUGAGCUGGAGCCCUGGGGGUUAGGGGAGAAGCAGCUCUCCAAAGACUUUACCCUUCACUACUGUGAGAGGUGAUGGGGUCAUUUUGUCUCCGAGGUUCCUUCAACUGUGGUUGAAACGUCGUCCCACAGCACUCCGCUACUUUCUUCGCCUUCUUGCCCUCACACCACGAGCCCAGUUACCCCUCAAGACAUGAGGGAGACCAGUGCCCACAUUGUGAACUUCUUGUCCCGACACAGCUACCAAGCUAUUCCUAACCAUCUCUGAGUUAACCCACACAAGAUAGUGACAAUGAAGCGACAGCCGCAGCGGCCAUGACUUACUGUGUUGGUGGAUGGUGCUCUUGGGAACGAGGUGCGGUUUCAUUGGAGGGGGGGCUGGAAGGAUUAACGAACCAGUGCUCUCUCUCUUUCUCGCUUGCUGUCUCUCUUUCUCUCUCUCUCUUUCUCUCUGUGACAGUGGCAGCUGAGAAGCCAAUCUUGAGGAGGUUUGAGAUCAGUUGCUCAGAUCGAGGAGCAGCAUCCCGGCGGUAGCUGAAGAGGAACUCGAGCCAGUUUGGAAAUAGUGGGUCCCUCCGGGUUUCUCUACCAGGACUGAGUCUAUCUCUGGCAGGCAGGGCCUAGCUCCACAUUGUGUGUUCUCUGUUAAUCUCUCAACAAAAGCUAUGACACAAGUUCAACAGACUAUACAGCCGACGACCCAUCACGUGACGCCCGGCAAAACUGCUAGGUCGACUUUUUGCGUUUUCCCCCCCUUUCCAAAUGUCCACUUGUGAAUACCCACGCACACCCUUGUGUAGUUGUAAAUGAGGACACAAAACAUGGCUCUGUUGUGUUUCCACAGGCUAUUUUUGUGCACUUUUCGGUGAACAAAGCAAUCUUAGAAGACAACAGGUAGGACCAAACAAUGGAUAGCUGUCACUGAUUGUUUUUGUACUCGCCCGAAUGCUCUUAUUCCCUUCUCUGUGUGAUUAUUGAGAUGUUGUGCUCAUCCCCACUGUGUGUUUCAGUGCAUUUGUGACACCACAGCCAGCUGUUCGUGCGGGCCACUAAGUCAGAGCAGUGCCCAAGCUGCCCUUUCCUACUGCCGUGUGUCUCUACAGAUAUGUUGUCGUUCCCAUUUAUUGAUGCUGUACUGUAGUGGUCCUGUGUUUUCUAAUCAGACGCAGCCAUGACUGUUAUCUAUUGGUUCUAGUCUGCUUGUAGUAGCACAUGAUGUUUAAGUUAGACUGACCGAAACACUGCGAUGCACUUUAAGGCAGUUUGUUUUUUUGUUUUUUUUUUACAUAUUUCAGUUUCAUCAUAGCAUAGACUCUGUGUACAUCGAUUAUAAGCAGUGAUGCAGACAGCUGAAAGUAUACCUGCAGACGGGGAAAUGACGGCUCCUGAUUGUUGAAGCAAUCAUUAAAAAAUCAUCACUAGAUAUAUAAUAAAUGUUUGCUGUGUGUUAUAUGUGUUUGUAUAUGUAAUUUGUCCGAUUAUUGCUGUAAUGAUUUGUGUUAUUGUUUCGGUGUUUCGUCACUUGUCCGACUCAGUAGUUACAAUAACGACUAUGAAACUGAGCCCUGCGACCCGCUGUUGGCUCGAGCAAUAGAGCAAAAGGGGAAGCGGCCGAUGGGACGACGCAAUAAAACAGAAAAUAGAUCAGUGAAUGUAGUUCACAGUCAGAGCGGACACCUCUUUUCAUGUCGAAUGUUUACUGUGAGUGAUGGAGAAGGCUGUCCACCUGGUUUGUAGUUUGUUUUCAUGUGUCAAUGUCAAACUCUUCCUUGUUGUAGCCUUUGUGUAUCUGUCUCAUGCCCAACACUGACUGCCAAUAAAUGAACCAAUUCAAACUAA